AGCAGGGCGCUCCAUAUUUGUUACUGUACUUGCGCACGCGCCCCGCGUGCUCACAAGGCACCCCGCCGCACCACCUCACCACCGAGCCGGGCGCUCGAGGACACCGGCCCAGGCGCAGCCCCGGCUCCGCAUGCAGUGCUGAGCACGCCCAUGGCUCACGCAGGCGAAGACAGCGGGGCGCUGCCCGCGAGCACCAGUCCAGAAGGUACCAGCGUUGCGGCGCCGUUGGCACCAGAGCAGAAGGACGUGCCCAGCCCGCCGGCUGCCGGCCAAGGCGGCUUCUUGCGUGGCUUCGCGCGGGUUGUGGUCGGGAAUGCCGUCCUUGUGCUGGUCGUGGUGACGGCCUUGCUGGGCGGCGCCGCGUGGGCCCACUUCAAGCUGGUUGGCCUGAGGGAUGGUCUCGUCUUCAUCCCGUCGCACAACGCGGAGCUCUUCAGGGACUUCCCGGCCAUGUCGGACCCCUCGCACGACGCUUUCGUGUUCUGGUGCAACGGGUGUGACCUCACCAAAGAGCCAGAGUUCGACUCGCGCUUCAACGCGACAAUCGCGACGCUGGACCGCAUCAGCAAGGAGGAGUACUGGUGUGCCGACCUGGAGUGGUCGAGCUACCAGUCUCCCGUGCACGGCCUCCCGUCGGACGUGUACAUGUCCCAGGGGAACUCCGUGUCUUUCGUGGAGUUCCACUUCUCCACGAAGAAGUGCAUGACGGCCGUCCGGGAGGCGCUGAAGCCGCUCCGCACCGGCGAGGGCAGGGUGCUGUCCGCGCAGGGCGGCCCGGAGACGGCGGCUGCGGCGUCCAUGGAGGCGGAGUUCGGGACUUCGAUGAAGCACUCGAUGAUCGCCAUGCCCAUCUGCGCCUUCAUUCUGUGGAUGGUUGUCGGCAACGUGUUCCGCGCGACCACGCCCAUGCUGGUCGUGGGGGCGUCCUUCCUGUCCGGCCAGUCCGCCGUGGUCGCCGCCAAGGAGGUGUUCCCUGGCCUGGACGUCAACUUCGACGAUUCCAUGGCCCUGUUCGUGGUCCUGGCGCUCGCCGUGGACUACGCGCUGUUCUUCUGGACCCGCUUCAACCAGGAGCGAGACAGGUGCCAGGACUACGGUGAGGCCGUGCUGGUCACCCUGCACCGGUCGAGCCAGGUGAUCAUAGUCAGCAACGUCUUCGUCACCAUGGCCUACGGAAUCACCAUGACGAUGCCGCACAUGAACCUGUGGGCAUACCUGGCUCUCUACAUCGAGUGCAUGGUCGGAUGCGCAGCGGCCGCGUUCUACAGCGUGACGAUGAUCCCCGCCCUGGCGAUCCUCUUCCCGGGGCUGUUUGACAGGGGGAGG